AUGAAUCAAUAUAAUUAUUCCUCUAUGUUUCAGGAACUACUGUUUAACCCUGCAUUGAAUAUGAACUUCCACAGAUGGAAUCUUUUCUGGAGUAUAUGUUUUGCAUCGGUAGCAGUUGUAACCAUCGUAGGUAACUGUCUCUCCAUUUCAGUUCUGCUGAGGCGAAGACUUCGUAAACGACCUCAUUAUCUACUUGUAGAAUUGGCCCUUGCUGAUCUCUUGGUUGGAAUAUUUGCGAUACCGAUUCUUAUGAUAACAUCUAUCUCGCACGAAAGAGUUUUGUCACAGUUCGUUUCUGAUUGCGUCGACAUGUUUACAGGUCUUUGGUCAGUAUUUACCUUGGCCGUGAUCUCUGUUGAACGGCUUUAUGCUAUUGCCCAUCCCCUCCACCAUCGGCAGCUCUCCUUCAAAAGCUACAUCAUUGCCGUGGUAAUGCCAUGGGCAUUCUCUAUUAUCGUGACGUCAACGCGUGUGCUGCUUUAUUUUGGCAUCAUGACAACUCAGCAUUUCGUAGCUGUUAUGAUUGUCAGCCUAUCGACUCCAUUAUUGACAUCUUUCAUCUCCUACGGCAUCAUCGGGAAUUUGCAAGCUUCUAGACCACUAAAUGACUUGAGAGCUAGAAGUAACUCUAAGUUAGCUUAUGUACUGCUCUUGAUUACGGGAACGUUUUUCCUAACAUGGCUUCCGUUUCAAAUUUUGGUUAUAAUUUUUAAUAUCUGCAUAUCCUGUCGAGGCAUCCCUGGUGUGAUAGUUUACGUAAUCAAGCUUCUCCAGUUUAGUAAUUCUUUCAUCAAUUUUAUCAUCUACUGCUUACGGAUGCCAACUUAUAGGAAAAUAGUUCUUGAAACUAUUCUGAGACUCAAACGCAGUCUUACUUGGCAACGGGAGCUUAAACCUACUAUAUUCAAGCAGUCCAAUAUCUCACUUAUUUCCUUCACCAGCACACUGACUUUACACAACAUGAAAAAUAUAUCAUAUGAAAAUAGUCCAAUAGGGUAUUACUAG